AGGAGCUUCCGGAAGUGGUUGUUGCGGGGGGUCUUCUGCAAUCUUUGCGCGGAGGUGGGGGUUUGGCCACGGUUCAGGGAAGGGGCGAGAGCGAGGAGCUUGAUGCGGGGAAGCCGAGCCGGGGAUGGCUUCCGUUGGAGGCGGCGACUGCGAGGGCGCCGUGCCAGAGGCGGACCGUCCUCACCAGCGGCCCUUCCUGAUCGGCGUGAGUGGCGGCACCGCGAGCGGGAAGUCAACUGUGUGUGAGAAGAUCAUGGAGCUGCUGGGGCAGAAUGAAGUUGAUCACCGGCAGCGGAAGUUGGUCAUUCUAAGCCAAGAUAGGUUCUAUAAGGUCCUGACGGCAGAGCAGAAGGCCAAGGCCUUGAAGGGACAGUACAAUUUCGACCACCCAGAUGCUUUUGAUAAUGAUUUGAUGCACAGGACUCUGAAAAACAUCGUGGAGGGCAAAACAGUUGAGGUUCCAACCUAUGAUUUUGUGACCCACUCAAGGUUACUAGAGACGACGGUGGUCUAUCCUGCAGAUGUGGUUCUGUUUGAGGGCAUUUUGGUGUUCUACAACCAGGAGAUCCGGGACAUGUUUCACCUGCGUCUCUUUGUGGACACCGAUUCUGACGUCAGGCUGUCACGAAGAGUUCUCCGGGACGUCCACCGUGGGAGGGACCUGGAGCAGAUUCUCACACAGUACACCACCUUCGUUAAACCAGCCUUUGAGGAGUUCUGUCUGCCGACAAAGAAGUAUGCGGAUGUGAUAAUCCCUCGAGGGGUUGACAAUAUGGUUGCAAUUAACCUGAUUGUGCAGCACAUCCAGGACAUUCUGAAUGGCGACAUCUGUAAGUGGCACCGAGGAGGGUCCAAUGGGCGGAGCUACAAGAGGACAUUUUCUGAGCCAGGAGACCAUCCUAGGGUGCUGACCCCUGGCAAACGAUCCCACUUAGAGUCCAGCAGCAGACCCCACUGAGGAACUAUUGUCUGUUGCUCCCUCAGCCUCCUGGGCAGGCCCCCCGAUGGACAUACAUGCACAGUGACCGGGCCCAGAGAUACCCUCUCUGCCUCCAAAAACGCAACCACCGCUUCCUUUCAGCAUCUGUUUCAGGGUGGUAUUAGGAUCAAGGCAUUCCCCAUUUGUGACGGGAACCUGUACAUGUUUUUUAGACUCAAUUUGAUAAGAUACUGGCAGGGCAGUCCUGGUAUUUUCACCUGCUGCUUUAUUUUAAGGAGUUAAAAAAAUCUCUAGGUCAAUGAGAAAAUGCCACAGAAAGCAUGGUAAGUUUGUUCUGCUUCCAGAAAGAAUGCUAGUCACAUAUUUUUGGAAAAAUUGAAGAAGCAACUUGGAUACUAUGGCUGGUCCAGUGUUUCUGAGACUUGUUGGACACUGAACCCACAAUAAGAAAUAUACCUUACAGCAUGAUCUGAUUCACACUCAAACACAUAGAGAACUGUAAAGUUUCAAGAGAUAAUACUUUCUCUUUCUACAUGUUCUACAUCUUAAUGUUUUCUAUUCUACUUCGUAACACAAUGAUGGUUGUAACCCAUAAACUUAAUUUUGUGACCCACUGAUGGGUUAUGAUUCAGUCUGAUAAACACUGAUCUGAGGAACCACAGAGGAAUGUCUCUUUCCUCCAAGCUUAGGCUUCAGAGGCAGUUAAGAGGGUAAGGACCCUGAAGAACAACAAGCAUCUUUCUAACCAGCAUCAAACACAAGAUGACAGGGUCUUCUCUUCUAUCCAGAGCCCCUCCUGGGUCUUCUGGGCCCUGUGCAGUGUGGCAGAAGGCAGCCUGGCAGUCUCUGGUUCUGGCUGGAGCGGGUACAGUGCCCGCUGCACACAGUCCUGCACGGGGCUGGGGCCUCCCCCCCACCUCCCUGCAGACUUCAAGCCACCCAAGCCCGAGGUAUUGCCUGCGGUACUUACGGCCACACCCAGGCCUGCCCUCCAGCCAGUGUACACACUGGGUUGUAGGGAUUCAAGUGAAUGUUGAGGCACAAAGCCAGUCAGUCUCCUGUGCUGAUGCAGAGAGCUCACACCACAGGAGUUCAUGGUAUCACAGAUAACCACUUUGGUCUCAGUUGUCCUCGUUUAUUGUUCCUCCCAUGUAACAAGUGUUUCUAUAAGAGCAAACUUUUUUCAUUGCCGCAGGCUAAACUGCAUGGGUACUUGUUUUCUUUUGAUUGAGUAUAACUCACUAAAGUUACUCAAGACAUGACAGUUGAGUUCCAUAGCUGAUUUCUGAUAAAUAACUAUGUAACAGUUUUGUCAAACUUACAGUGUGCCCUUUUGGAGAGAGACUCAAUAAAUAAACACCAAACACUAA